UUCUCCCAGGAAUGAAACAUACAAAGAAAAUGGUAAUGGUGCCAGAAAGCGAGUACCUUACACUUCUAAACAUGAUUAAAGGUGGUGAUUUCUUGCAAAAUGAGAAAGCGCAAGCUAACAUGGAAAUAAAAAAUACUUUGGAUGAUCCUAAGCUAUCAGAAGAUGUAAAAGCAAAAAAAUAUAACUGGUUAUAUAAGAAACGACGUCAGCUUAAACAUGAGUUGGAAAAUCGUCCUCAAAAAGUAAUUAUCGAUGAUAGUAAAGCAAACGCUCCGGAGGUUGCACCUUAUUUGCAGGAAGCCGCUACUACUACACCUAAAUCAAAGUUAAUUCCUAACAAAACCGUCCCCGUCAAAACAAACGAAACGAAGGAACAUAACACCUUUUAA